AUAGAUAAUUAAAGCAUUAACUAAAAAUAAUGGAAGUGUGAAGCCUGCCAAUGAAAAAAAGAAAAAAAUAAAUUUGAGUCUAAAUUUUAUAUUUAAUUUAGUAAGUGUAUAAUUAGAAUAUUUAGUGACUAUGAUUUAAAUUUUAAAAAAAAAAUUGUAAGUAGAAGUUAUUGGUCCUAACAAAAUUUAUAGAAUUUAUUUGUGUUUUAUUAAAAAAAAAAAAAAAAAAAAAAAAAAAAAAAAAAAAAAAGGUACUGUAGGAUAUAUGUGUAUUUUUAUUCGUAUGAAGCUAACGGAUAUAAAUGGGUCCCUAAAAAAACCCUGCAAUUCUAGGGUUUUGUAAAGCACAAAGAGAGCGGUGAUCUCUUCCUCGCAUUUUCUCUAGUAGAAAGAAAAUGGUAAUCUCUUGCUCGAAAUCACAAGAUAAGGGUUUAAUUUGUUGAUUAAUCUUUGUGUUGUUUCAAGCAAAGCAACCCAUUAGAAGAAAAUGUCAGACUUUCUGCCUCCAGAUGUGUUGAUCGAUAUCAUCGCUAGACUACCCAUCAAGACCAUCGCCCAAUGCGCCUGUGUCUGCAAAUCGUGGUACUCUCUGGUCACAGGCCCUAGUUUCAUCACCACACACCUCAAUAGACAUACUCUUUCUGCCAACAACAACAACAACCAGCUUAUACUAGUUCGAAGCUACUCUGAUUGCAGCUCUGAAGCACGAUACACUAUAGGUUGCGAUAACAAAAAGUUCCGUGAGUAUACAAAGCUAGGGUUUCCCUUCAAGAGCUUCCCAAACAAGAAUUUUAGGGUAAUUGGUUGCUGCAAUGGUCUCAUUUGCCUUUCCGAUGAUUUGUCCAAGUACACGGAGGACCUGCAUCUAUGGAACCCGUUGAUUCAAAAUCUGAUAACACUCCCGGCCCCAGUUCGAGUCACCUUUCAAUCACAUGGUCCAUUUAUGCAUAGCAUUGGGUUCGGUUUUGAUCCACUCACACAUGAUUUCAAGGUGGUGAGGAUUGUGUAUCUCCAACAAGAUGGAUCUACGGUUUUGAAAACUCCACCGGAGGUUGACAUUUUCACUCUGAGCACCGGCACUUGGCGGAAUAUCGGCCAUUUGGAUCUUCUUCCAUAUGUCAUCGAGAAGGAACGUGCUCCCCAGGUUUAUGUGAAAGGGGCUGCACAUUGGAUUGCAACAGAUACGAGGGAUCAAAGCUUGAUUUUGUCCUUCAACAUGGGUUAUGAGGCAUUUGACAAGAUUAUGAUGCCUGCUAACAUGGGUGGUAAGGAAGGAUUGCUAGAUGUUCGUGUUGCCAAGUUUCAAGAAUCACUCUCUCUAAUUGAGCAUCACAGUAUUCAGAAUGGGGAGAGUUGUUGCGUAUGGGUGUUGGAAGAGUAUGGGGCUGAGGAGUCUUGGAGUAAACGAUUCACAUUUCAAAUGCGUGACAGAUUUAGGUGUGUUGGCUUCAGAAAGAGCGGUGAAGCUCUACUGGCAACAAGUGAGGGAUUUCUGAUAUGCAAUCAUUCUAAAGAAGAGGACGUUGUAUUUCUAAAAUUUAAGUUGUUUGUAAAUUCUCGAAUUCCUGGUUUUCUUGAUGAUUUAUGGUAUAAGAACUUAUUUGCAGAUGCUUACCCAGAGAGUCUAGUUUUACUUGGGACAAAAUUUUGUGAUGCAGUCACUUGUGAGGUAUCACCUGUUUUGCAUCCAGAAGGGAGUGGAGCUUAAGGAAACCAACCUCACCUAUAUCGAGAGGGUUGAAGCCCAACUUGGAAAAUAAAAAAGGAAGAAUCGAAGGAAGGUGGGAGUAGACGUUGCGUAGUGAACUAUUUCCCUGCUUUUAGUUUGUUUUACUUUGCUUAGAUUUUAUGUAUAUAGAUGUCGUCAACAACUUUCUUUAAGUAAGGAUUUAUCUAACUUGUUUGCUUUUGAACUGUUGGAGAAUUUAGGCUUGCAAUGCCUUACAUAUGUUAUGCUGAAAUUUUAUUUAUCCAUUAUUGCUUAUCUUGUGAUGCCA